ACACACACACACACAUAUAUAUAUAUAGAGAGAGAGAGAGAGUAGGGCACCAAGAACGAUACACAUAUUUCGAUCGCAAAGGAACACCCAAAAGCAGACUUUCAGAUUAACGUUAAAAGCUCCUCAUCAACAUGGCCGGCCCACCACCGACGAAUCCAGCUCCUGAAGUGACAAGAUUUACGAGAGAUCUGCCACCAGCUCACUACAUUUUGAAGAUUGAAUCACUCUCAAAAAUCAUACCGAUGUUGCCAGGGGAGAAAGAGCCCAAGUAUGACUCAGAGGUUUUCGAAUGUGGUGGCUAUAAAUGGAAAUUAUCAUUCUACCCAAGUGGAAGAAAAGAAUGCGACAGCGCUGAAAAUAUUUCACUUUACUUGUCGAUGGAAGAUACAGAUUCUUUACCUCUUUGUUGGGAGGUUAAUGCAACGUUCAAAUUGUUUGUGUUGGAUCAGAUUCGGGGCGAGUACUUGGCCCUCCAAGAUGCAGAUAAGGGGACAAUAAGGCGUUUUCAUGCAAUGAAAACUGAAUGGGGAUUUGCUCAAUUUCUCCCCUCUACUAAGUUUAAUGAUGCCAAAAGUGGAUACCUUGUUGAGGACUCCUGCGUAUUUGGUGCUGAGGUUUUUGUCAUAAAAUGUACCGGUAAGGGGGAGCGUAUCUCCAUUUUGAGUCCUCCAAUCACAGGUUACUGCCGUUGGGAGAUUGGAAAGUUUUCAGCAUUAAAUGUGGAAUGUUUGUCAAAAGAGUUCAAAGUUGGGGAACGUAAAUGGGAGUUGAAGCUAUAUCCGAAAGCAGUUUCAGCUGACAAUGCUGAUGAAAGUUAUAUCAAGUUGUUUUUAUCAGUGUCAUGUUGGGAUCAAACUUCUCCCCAAAAGGGAAAAUUGUAUGCUAAAUAUACUCUACGUGUAAGGGACCGAAGAACUGGUGGAAAACAUGAGGAAAUAACAGAUAGUAAAUGGUUUUCUACCUCAAAAAGGGGAUAUGAUUACCCAAAGUUCCUGCCGCUAAGUACGCUCAAGGAUCAAUCGAGGAGCCUUCUUGCAAAUGACAUCUUGGUGGUUGAAGUACAUAUUGAAAUAAUUUCUAUGGUCAAGAUCAAUUUUACUAAUGAAAAAAGAGAGUAGUAGGCUACAGCUUUAAUAGUUGAACUUGUAAUAAUACCUGAAAAACUACUCUGCGUACACAUGUAGACCAGGGGCUUUAGUCACAUUCAAGUGGUAACUUCUAGCCUCGGGCUUGUAUUAAUUAUUUCAUGGUUGCAUGAUUUGGCUUCAAAUUCAUGAAAGAAGAUGUAUUGAAAGUCUUA